AUGGCGAAGGACAAGAAGGAGAAGCAAGAGUUAAUCAAGAAUCCCAAAGGAACAAGGGAUUGGUCAGGGGAGGAUGUCGACCUACUAGAAGAUAUUCUUGCGCAGAUAUCCCGGGUUUUUCGUAAACACGGAGCGAAAAAGCUCGAUACUCCAGUAUUCGAGCGAGAAGAAGUGCUGAAGGGCAAAUAUGGCGAGGAUUCGAAGCUGAUAUACGACUUGAAAGAUCAGGGCGGAGAGUUACUUUCGCUGCGUUAUGACUUGACGGUACCAUUUGCCAGGUGGCUAGCCAUGAAUGCAAAUACCAAGAACUACAAGAGAUUCGCCAUAAGCAAAGUCUACCGAAGAGACCAACCUGCUAUUGCCAAGGGUCGCAUGCGGGAGUUCUACCAAUGCGACAUCGACUUCGCAGGCGCAAGUGACGCCAUGAUUUCGGACAGUGAGGUUAUUGGUAUUAUCGUUGAAGUCUUCGAAUCUUUGGAGUGGACCGGCCGAUACACCAUCAAGAUCAAUGACCGGAGGAUAUUGGACGGGUUGUUUGAGGUGUGUGGUGUGCCAGAAGACAAGAUCCGAACGAUAUCGAGUGCGGUCGACAAGCUAGACAAGUCACCCUGGGAGGAGGUGAAGAAAGAGAUGGUCGAGACGAAAGGACUUGACGAAGCCGUGGCAGACAAAAUUCGCAUUUAUGUCACAAGAAAAGGCGGGAAAGAUCUGCUAGAAGAGCUGAAGAAGGAUGAUGCUAUGAUGAGCAAUGCGAAAGCAAAGCAAGGUAUCGAAGAGAUGGAUAUGUUGAUGGAGUACCUGACGGCGUGGAAUGCGCUGGACAAAAUCUCGUUUGAUCUAUCUCUGGCUCGAGGGCUGGAUUACUACACCGGUGUCAUCUAUGAAGUUGUGACGGAAGGCUCUGCGCCUGUCGUUGCCGAUGGUGCCGAGGUCGCCAAAGAGUUGCACAAGCAGGGAAAGAAGGAGAAGAAGGUGCUCGACGAGGACGAAGAUCGAUCCAACGAUCCAUCUGUCGGUAUUGGAUCUGUCGCUGCAGGUGGUCGCUAUGACCACUUAGUCGAACGAUUUCGGCCAAACGCAGACCUGCCUUGCGUAGGCGUCAGUUUCGGCGUGGACAGAAUAUUCAGCAUCACUAAGGCCAGGAUUGCCAAGGGUGAGACGUUCAGCUAUAUCACGUCGAACGCUCCUGAUGUCUAUGUUAUGGCUUUCGGUGGAGGUGGCUUCAGUGGCAUGGCCAAGGAGCGCAUUGAGAUUACUAAGAUCUUGUUGGAUGCUGGUCUGAAGGUGGAAUUCACAUACAAGAAGAAGCCGAAACCGCAGGUGCAGUUCAAAAACGCGGAGACUGCUGGAGCGCCGUUUGCCGUGAUCCUUGGUGAGGAGGAGCAGACGAAGGGAGAGGUGCGCGUGAAGGAGAUGGGGUUGCCGGAUGGUCAUCCUGAGAAAGAAGGCGUGCUCGUCAAGAUUUCCGACCUUGGAGCUGAAGUGUCUAGAAGAGUUGAGGCCAAAAAGCUGGUUCCGAAGACAGAGAAGUUGACGGUCGGCUGA